AGGGACAUGUUGCAGUUGAGAUUAUCUUGGCUCAGGGAAGAAGAUGUCGGCUCUGCUUUGGCUUUUUUCUGUUGGGCUUCUCCUUGCCACUGGCACGAGCCAAGAUGUUACCAGCCAAGCCAGGGACUUCCUAAAACAGUUUGAACUGGAAGCAGAAAUCAUUUAUCAUCAAAGUGCACUUGCACAAUGGGAAUACAACACCAAUAUCACUGAUGAAAAUGCCCAAAAAAUGAGUGAAGCAGGGGCCAAAUGGUCAGAAUUUUACACCAAAGCAAGUAAAGCUUCAGAAGCGUUCAACAAAGAUGAUAUAACAGACCCGAGCAUCAAACUUCAGCUAAUCUUUCUUUCAGAGAAGGGUUCAGCCAUUCUGCCAGCGAACAAAUAUGCCAGACUGAAUCAAGUUCUAAAUGAAAUGAGCACAAUAUACAGCACACACACGGUAUGUAAAGCAGAUGGAGCAAAGGACUGUUUGCAACUGGAACCAGGUUUGGACUUAAUCAUGGCUGAGAGCACUGAUUAUGAGGAAAGGCUGUGGGCCUGGGAAGGUUGGAGAGCCGGAGCUGGAAAGAAAAUGAGGUCAUUGUAUGAAGAAUAUGUAGAUCUGGAAAAUGAGGCUGCCCGUCUUAAUGGUUACAAUGAUUAUGGAGAUUAUUGGAGAGGAAACUAUGAAACUCUGGCGGCAGAUAAAUAUGCCUACAGCCGUGAUGAUCUCAUACAGGAUGUGGAAAGAACGUACCAAGAGAUACUUCCACUGUACAAGGAACUCCAUGCGUAUGUAAGAGGGAAUCUGCAGAAAGUCUAUGGUUCUCAGUACAUCAGUGACACUGGAUGCCUUCCUGCUCAUUUGCUUGGUGACAUGUGGGGAAGAUUCUGGACAAACUUGUAUCCUCUAAUGAUCCCCUACGCAAACAAAGAAAGCAUUGAUGUGACUCCUAACAUGGUUGCUCAGGGAUGGACAAUAGAAAGAAUGUUCAAGGAAGCAGAAAUUUUCUUCAAGUCUGUUGACCUUUUUGCACUUAAUGAAAACUUUUGGAAUAAUUCAAUGCUAGAGGAGCCUAAAGAUGGAAGACAAGUCGUAUGUCACCCUACCGCCUGGGAUUUGGGAAUGAAUGACUUCAGGAUCAAGAUGUGCACAAAGGUGAAUAUGGAAGACUUUCUUACAGUACAUCAUGAGCUGGGACAUAUUCAGUAUGACAUGGCAUAUGCGAAGCAGCCUUUUAUGUUGCGGGAUGGCGCCAACGAAGGUUUCCAUGAGGCUGUCGGGGAAAUUAUGUCAUUGUCUGCCGCGACCCCAAAGCACCUGAAACAUAUCAAACUACUGGAUGAGAACUUUAUAGAAGAUCAGGAGGUAGAAAUUAAUUUCUUACUCCGACAAGCACUGGCCAUCGUUGGCACAUUACCAUUUACCUAUAUGCUGGAGCAGUGGAGAUGGAAAGCGUUCAGAGGAGAAAUCCCUAAGGAGCAAUGGAUGAAAACCUGGUGGCAGAUGAAACGAGACCUAGUUGGAGUGGUGGAACCUGUCCCACAUGACGAAACCUACUGUGAUCCACCAGCUCUUUUCCAUGUGUCCAAUGACUAUUCAUUUAUUAGGUAUUACACAAGAACCAUUUACCAGUUCCAGUUCCAAGAUGCCCUCUGCAAGGCUGCAGGACACACAGGUCCACUCCACUCAUGUGACAUUACAAACUCUAAAGAAGCUGGAGCAAAACUACGAGCUAUGUUGGAGCUUGGGAAAGCUAAAUCCUGGACUGAAGCUCUGGAAAGCAUAACAGGAGGAACAAAAAUGGAUUCCCAGCCACUACUUAAAUACUUUGAGCCAUUGUUUGUGUGGCUACAGAAAAAUAAUAAGGAUAAUGGAAGGAAGAGUACCUGGAACACGGCAUGGACUCCAUUCUCAGAGGCCGAGUCCAUUAAAGUGAGGAUUAGUCUAAAGUCUGGCUUAGGAGACAAUGCGUAUGAAUGGAACGCCAAUGAACUGUACCUGUUCAAGUCAUCUAUUGCGUAUGCCAUGUCAAAAUAUUACUCUGUCGUCAUGAAACAAGACAUACCUUUUACAUAUGAAAAUGUUCAUGUGUAUGACGAGACCCCAAGAGUUUCCUUCAUGUUUUAUGUUACUAUUUCCAACAACACUGUGGUUUCAAAACUGGAAGUGGAAAAUGCUGUGAGGUUGUCCAAAGACCGGAUCAACAGCAUAUUUAAAUUAGAUGACAAUGCUCUAGAGUUUGUAGGAAUUCCUCCUACACUGGCGGCCCCGGCAGAACAGCCCGUCACUGUAUGGCUUGUGGUUUUUGGCAUUGUAGCUGGCAUAAUAGUUGUUGCUUUAAUUGUUCUGAUCGUUCUUGGGCACAAAGAUAGGCAAAAAAAACGAAAAUCUGAAGGAGACAAGGAAGCCAUGGCUCUCAGCCAAACCACUAAUAAUCCUGAACCUGCCACAUGUGAAAUGACUCAAGAAAAUACAAGUCAAAUGAAUAAAGCCUUCGAUGGAAACGAUAAUAAAGCAUUCGAUGGAAACGAUAAUAAAGCAUUCGAUGGAAACGAUAAUAAAGCAUUCGAUGGAAAUGACAAUAAAGCAUCCGAUGAAGCAGAUAUGAACACAACAUUUUAAAGCUUAUUCAUCAUGGACAAUUUCCAUCUACUGGUACUGAUUUAAAAAUGGAAACUAUCACAAGGCUCUAAAGCUAAACUUCCAAAGUAUAUAUAUUGUAGCUAUACACCAGUACCAGCUAUGGAAGAAGGUCUUCUACUGCAUGACCAAUAAGGUCAAGCCAUAAUGCUAUGAUAAGAGCAUCAGAAUUUGUAUUAAUAAAAGCAUUGACAAUGUUCUACAAAGAUCUAAUGGUUAACAUACAAAUAGCAGAGGGAAUAAUUCUUAUAUGUCUUAAUCCAAAUAAAAUCUUGCGCAUGUGCAACAUGAAGAAACAGGCAGAGGUACAAGAUCUCAAUAACCCAAUGAUCAUCAAAUGUACCUUCCAGGCUCCUUCUUCCAGCUAAAGGGGUAGAUAGAUACUGAGAUAUGUAGUUCUGCUUCACUGUAGUGGGCAGCCGAGGCUAAAUGGAGUUUAUACUUGGUGUCCUCUGUCUACACUGUGCUGUUUGUGUCCUUGCACAUCUUUUAUGUUGGACCAGUGGAAAGCUGAAACAAAAUGCCAUAACAUUGGUUCAAACCAUUUGCCUUAAUCAAAGACAAAGUUUUGUUUACCCAAAUGCAACACACUGAAUUUAUAUGAAUAGAUAUGGCUAAUAAAACUAUGUAAUACCUUC